GAUUUUUUAAUGUCAUAAAUACUUUAUUUACUCUUUCUCAAAAAAUUUUCAAAAACCUACAGAAAGUCCGAAAAAAAUAAUUCUAAAACAUUUCAAAAUUAAACGUUAAAAAUUAAAAUUUUUUUAUAACACUAAAAUAUUUAAUACAACUAUCCAUUAAUUUUCAAACUGCUUUACGAAUAACGCUAUAACAGCGAAAUCCAACGUAUUUAACAAAUCAAAGUGAGUCGUAACAAUAAAAGAGUUCAAAUUAAAGCGCACAUACCAUUUCAUGCAUGUUUUGUUCAUGCGAAAGUCUCAGAAGAACGGGAAAACAAUUGCUGUUGGAAAAAUAAAAGAAGUACGACGACGUAGUAACGGCGAUCCUCAUCGGUUAUGCCAACACCCCCGCAAAAAACGUUUGACGACAUCAACAAGAAUAAGCAAAACAACAAAACUGAUGAAAAAAUAAAUGUUAACGAUGCGUUACGACAGCAGGGCGGUGCUACGAAAGAUGAUGAUCGGUCACAAGCCGAUAUUUCCGUGCAUCGUGCUGGUUCAACAGCAACUUUAGCGACUGAAACAAAGUCCUACAUAAAUGGACGUCCGAAAACUAUAUUAGAAGAUCACGGCAUAGUACUUGGUAAGGUGAUAGGUACGGGUAACUAUGCAAAAGUAAAAAUCGGGUUUUCGGAGGAGUACGGCAAACGUGUCGCCGUUAAAAUUAUAUCGAAAGUGAAAGCGCCAGCCGAGUAUACAACGAAAUUUCUACCACGUGAAAUUGAAGCUGUCAAAGGAUUGCAUCAUGAGAACUUGAUAACGUUCUAUCAAAGUAUCGAGACAAGUCACAGAGUCUAUUUAAUCAUGCAACUAGCAGAGAAUGGCACCCUCCUCGAUUAUGUACGCGAAAAGAAGUUUCUAGAAGAGCCGCAUAGUCGCAAUCUAUUCCAACAAUUAAUCAGCGCCGUCGAAUAUAUACAUUCUAAAAAUGUGGUGCAUCGUGACAUAAAAUGCGAAAAUCUCCUACUAGACGAAACGUAUACGUUAAAAUUGAUCGAUUUCGGCUUCGCACGCAAAGAUACGCGUACUACUGAUCAGCAGGUGAUACUUUCGAAAACCUUUUGUGGCAGUUAUGCAUAUGCCAGUCCAGAAAUCCUUAAAGGUAUUGCCUACGAUCCUUUCAUGUCCGAUGUUUGGGCAUGUGGUGUUGUCUGUUAUGCAAUGGUUUUCGGGCGACUACCCUACGAUGGUUCCAAUGUGCAUAUAUUGCUUAAACGUAUUAAUGCAGCACUCGCUUUUCCGAAGAAUCCUCCCGUCUCUGGUGAUUGUAAGCAGUUAAUUGGUCAUAUAUUGGCGCCAUUGAAAAUACGUUAUGCUAUACCGCAGAUUAAAGAGGAUCCUUGGUUUAAUAAAAACUAACGUGGGAAUAUACUUACAAGUGAUAAGAUUUUCGGAAAAUAAAUUAAAAAUUCAAAAUUAACUGUUGAUAUCCUAAGGAAAGCAUUAACUAUGAAAGUAAAGAAACGUCAAAAAAGAUUAAAUAAAUUUUGAGAUAUACCAUCUGAUUAAA